AUGCACACUUCAGUUCAUCGUUCUAUCUCAUAUAGUCAUAUUACCGGCUUCGCGAAAGAAAUCUUUUUUUUUUUCUGGCUAAGCCUGAAUUAUACAAAUCCCCAGAAGAGAGCUCGAUGUUCUGCUCAGCGUAUACACCAAGUAUUUACCAUCUUCAUGCGGAAAAGCCCGUUUUUCGGAAACAGAGGUUUCGAGUUUGUUCAUCUACUUCUAGUGAGAAUGACAGAUUCAAACUAGAGUAUACUCCUUGGCUUAUCGUAGGGUUGGGCAAUCCUGGAAAUAAAUAUCAUGGAACAAGACACAAUGUUGGUUUCGAGAUGAUUGAUAAGUUGGCUAGAAAAGAAGGUGUUUUGAUGAACACAAUACAGUCGAAAGCUCUGAUCGGAAUAGGUGCUAUCGAAGAGGUACCUAUCUUGUUGGCUAAACCUCAGACUUACAUGAACUUCAGCGGCGAAUCGGUUGGAUCUUUAGCUUCACACUAUCAAGUACCUUUGCGUCACAUUUUACUGAUCUAUGAUGAGAUGGCUUUACCAAAUGGGGUUUUGAGACUUCAACCAAAAGGAGGUCAAGGCUAUCACAACGGAGUGAAGAGUGUGAUGGGGCAUUUGGAUGGUCGUAGAAACUUUCCUCGACUAAGCAUAGGCAUUGGUAAUCCACCUGGAAACAUGGAUAUGAAAGCUUUUCUUCUUCAGAAGUUUAGUCCAUUGGAGCGGAAACAGAUUGAUGAAGCACUCGAGCAAGGAAGUGAAGCAGUGAAGACUCUUGUGCUCAAUGGAUUCAAUCAAGGAAUCUCAAGAUUUAAUCUUGUGCAGAAGUAUAAAUUCCAUAAAGUAUAAAUGAAAAUUGAAAAUAAGAGACGAGGAAUUUAGUAACAUAAAGAAUGUGAAGAGAUUCGGAUUAGUUUAGUAUAAUUUUCAUUUUAACUGUAAAACAAACAAGAAGAAUUUCUCUUGUCCCUAAGCUACCAUGUCCAACUGGUCAAUGCAUUCUUAA